AUGGCAGCUGAUCCUGCUGAUGCUGCUAAAAGGAGGCGGUUGGACGAGCCUGUCAUGCCAGCCCCGGAUAUGAUGAUGGGGAUGUCCAGAAGUAUGGUCACUAUGAUGCAAUUCAACGAACAAAAGCAAGAUUACAUCAACAGCCUCUCCAACUUGGAGGAGGGAACCCCUGAGUACAACCAGGUUCUAGUGGAGUGCCACCGCCGUGGAGCGGCCCGUUGCGUGAGCGUUGCAAAUACGCAUCGUGGUUUGUACGUGAAGGCCGCCCAAUUUAUCGCUUCCAUUCGGGGCGGCACCGGUGAACGUGGAGUUCCUCGGCCCUACACCGAUGCCCUGGCCAUGUUCACAGACCAUGCGCCACACAAGUCCAUUGACCAGGAAGCUUUGCAAGAGUCGAUGUCGCUGGGCGGCUGGCCGUCGGAACCCUUAGGGCCGACCUGUGACUUGCAGAGCAUCGAGGCUGAGCCCAUUGCAUCAGCAUCACUCGCGCAGGUGCAUCAGGCGGUGCUAAGGGAUGGCACCAAGGUGGCUGUGAAGGUUCAAUACCCAGAGCUUCGAAAAGAGAUGUCCUCCGACUUUGCAGUCUUCAAGACGAUGGGCACACAAAUUAAGCAGAUGGCCGCAGGCUAUGACCUCAUGUGGGUGGUGGAGGAUUUCGAGAAGAACCUCACCCGAGAGCUGGACUUUACCCUUGAAGCAGCCAAUGGAGAAGAGACAGCGCGCCAGCUGGCACAUCGCGCGCCGCAUGUCUAUGUGCCAAAGGUGUUCAAGGAGCUGUCUUCUUCUCGAGUCAUUGUCAUGGAGUACCUGGACGGCUUGUUGAAGGCCAAUGAUCCUAAAGCAUUGACAGCUGCCGGACUAGAUGUUGCAGAGUGUGCGCAGCUCCUGUGUGACACCUUUGCCGAAAUGAUAUUUGUACAUGGCCGGGUGCACGCGGACCCACAUGCUGGGAACAUUUACUUCAAGGUCAUUGAAAUUGAUGGGGAAAAGCACCCCCAGCUGGUGAUGCUUGACCAUGGCCUUUAUUACGACCUUUGUGAAGGUGAUCACAAUGUGAGACUCAAUUUCUGCAGGUACUGGAAGGCUUGUUGUACCAAAGAUUCCAGGAAGAUGCAAGAGCUGGGGCAGUGCUUCGCUGGAUCUUUGCAUCGCUUUUUGCCCCUAAUCCUGUCACCUUGGUUUGUCUUCGGAGCAGUUGGUGGAUCCGUCUCCUUGAAGGAGAUUCUGUCUGCUGCCCAGGGCCAUUUGCCUGACACAAUCACUCUGAGUCUUGGCACAUCAGAGGAAGCCUACAGGAAGGAUGUGGCAGAUUUUGUGGUAGCAACCCGCAUGGGUGGGGCCAACCUUUUGGGCGUCCUGCAUUCAUUGGGCUACACUCGUGGUUUGUUGGAAGCCUUGAACUUCCCCGAAGAACGGCGGAUCGAAAGCAUGUUGCGCUUUGCUCUCUUGGGUGACCGCCGUAGCUCCGCACCCGAAAGCUCCUUAUGCACCUUGUCCAGUUCGGAGCAGGCAUGGGUCAGGUGGCGGGUUCGGCUGCUGGGUGGGCACAUCCGCCUUCUUUCGCCGGUGGCCCGCGCACUGAUCCACUUCACCAACGCUCAAGAUGCGCCCCCCUUGUGGACACUCGCUGCCUUGCCAGUACUACUGGGUGCCAUGGGUGUCAUGGUGUUCCGUGCGCCAGCACCGGUCACACUCCGUGGCACCACCAGUUCCAUCUCAUCCUGGGGGAAAAGUCGGCGUUGGCGCCGUGCUCUCGACUCGCUGGCGCAGCUGCAGCCAACAAGCAUCCAGCCAGAUGCCGAGACCUGCUUGACUGAAAGUGAGGCCGUUUACAACGCGGCCAUCACAGCCGGAGAUUGGCGCCAUGCGCUGCUUUUGGCCGCUGAGCUUUUCGACAGGGGCCCUGAGCCCAGUUGUCUCACUGGCAACGCGGCAGCCUACAACGUGGGCAACGCGGGCGGCACUCGCUGGACCUUGGCGCUCGAGCUUUUACGAUGGUGUCCUCAGGCGAACGUGGAGACUAACGCCGUAACCUUGGGCACCCAGGCACGAAUCCUGUCGCUCUGCUGGGAACAGAGCAUCGAGCUGCUUCAGUUGGCAUCGAGCUUCCGACCGGAAAUCAUCACCUGCAAUACGGUGCUCAGCACUUGCCAGAAGAAUGAGGAGUGGCGGAGGCGUUUGAUACAUGACACGAUUCUCUUGAACUCAGUUCUCAGUGCUUGCGAUAAAGCUGCUUGCUGGUUUGCUGCUGCAUCCUUGCUCCAUGCUGCCACAUCCUUUUCAGUGCAGCGGAGUGACAUUUCCUUCAAUGCAGUCCUCAGUGUCCUAAGUGGCCCGCAUGGCCGUAGCCUUUGGGAAGAGGGUCAGUUCCUUUUUCAAGCGAUGUUCUUGGCAAGCUUGAGACCGAGCCUCAUCUCGUGCAACUCGCUGGUGACCAUUUUCGAAAAGAGCAGGAAAUGGAGGCACGCGCAAGAUUUUUUGGAGAGUCUUUCCAGCGGAAAGUUGGGUGUUAAGGAGGAUACAGUGACCUUCAACGGUGUGCUUAGCGCGUAUGAGAAGGGGCGACAGUGGGAAAGAGCUCAGUGGCAGCUGCUUUGUUUGCAAAGCAUGGAUGACAUGGAUGGCAGGUCUUUGCAAGCUUCAGUGGUGACCUUCGGGGCCUGCAUUAGCGCCUACGCUGCCGCUGCUGCAUGGGAGAGGUCUGUUGGUUUGUACCAGAAUCUGGUUUCGUACAGCAUCCAACCCAAUGCAGUGACUUGUGGAGCGGCUCUGAGCGCAUGUGAGCGAGGGCAGAGUUGGAAGCUGGCAUUGGAUCUCUUAGCUGUGACUGUGACUCAGAUGGGAUUGAAGCUGGGGCCUGUCGAGUUAAAUGCUGCCCUCACGGCUUGCAGCUCGAGCCAUGUCACUGACAAAGCCUUGGGAUUUGUUCGGCAGAUGCUGAGAAAGAGACUUCAAGCUGACUUGGUGACAUGCAAUGCAUUGCUGACAGUGUGCGCUCGUGAGCAUCUUUGGUUUGAUGCCAUUGAGCUUCUGAGUGGUCGAGCUGCAUUGGGCUUUGAGGCUGUUGACUUCGGUCAUGUUCAACGGGAUUUGUUCAGUUUUAGUGCAGUCCUGUCUUCAUGCAAUGGCCGGCCUGGAGAGGCUUUGCAACUGCUUGUGGAUGCAAAGGGGCGGCGCAUUGCUCUAGACCCAGCAGCGUUGACCAGUGCCAUGGCGGCCUGUCAUAGCAGGCAUCUUUGGCAACAAGCCCUGUACCUCGCAUCCUCAGUCGGUCCAGUGGGCGUCGAUGCAGCUUUGCUCCAAUUGUCGCUGGACUCUGCCGUUGCUGGUCGCUGCGAACUGGCAACGGCUCAGCUUUUGGGUUCUGCCGCAUCAAGCGGUGUAGAAGCUAUACAUGUCCUCCUUGAUGACUGCUGA